UACAGGACACGUCCUAUCCCCUAGCCCAAUACGGACUCCUUGAUGUACACAGCCCCGUGGCCCCGGGUCUGACAGUUUUUUCACUGAUAUUUUUGCAUUGCUCAGCUGGCCUACUGCAUAAUAUGCUGUAUUGACCAUCUCAGGACUAGUAACAGGAGUAAUACUAGUGAGCAGCUAUUCAUCUCUACAAGUAUGUUCUGCAUUUGUUUGGGCCAUCGGUGGGCUACAAGCCUACAGCUGUUAAACAUUCAAAAGAUUUUAUAGUCAUGUUCUUACCUCUGUUUAUAUUUUGAUGCUUCGUAGAUGCAUGUAGUGUCCACUUUGCAUGUCUUAGGUGACAGUAGUUCCUGGACAGAAUGCCCAGUUUUGUUGAAAAGGGAUGAAGAGUAGUAUAUAACUGCUUCCUUUGAGGUCCCACUGCUGCUUUCGCGGCAAUUGUAUAUACAGUGGGUACCAGUUUGAUGCCUGAAUAGGAUACUUAAUGCUAUAGCAUUACUUUGUUAACCAUCUCAGUUGUGUGUUUGUAGGAUGCUUUUGUUUUGUAUAUUAAGUGUAUUUCUUCUUUCGUUUGCUAUUGUUAUUGUUCUUUGACAUCUCUGCAACUGCAAGGUCUGUCCUGGUUAAUACUUGUUACAUUGAUAUCACUGGAGUGUUUGAUAUCAUCACCGUGGUUUCCUGGUUGACUUGAUCCAAGGUACUGUUUAACUGCACAGUUUGAGAAACCAUUUUUCACUGAUGUUUAAGGUGGUACCUUGCUGAUUGUAUUAAACAUCACUAGGCUUUCUGGAUUAACAUACAGGAGUACCAGCACAUUUCCAUGAGCUAGUGUAAUUGAAAACCUGCAGGUUAUGUAUUAGGUUUGGCAGUUGGUGGGCUAGAACUCCAACCAUGUAUUCUAAAUCCCACGCUGUGUUCAAUGCUGUUUGAUAUUGUGAGUAAUUUGUUGGUUCUGAUGCUAUUACCUUUUUGCGUGUAAUAAUCGGAUCCUACUAUUUCCUGAUGUGGCAGACAAGAGCGCCUGGUUUUGCUGAAAAGGGUUAAGGCUCUGCACCUGAUGCCUUUGCGGUCCAACUGCCUUUUUUAUUUUUUGAUAAACAAGGUCCAACUGCUUUUGAGGCUUUGACCUGAGAACCUGUGGUGUCUCUGAAACGGUAUGCCGUGGACAUGGUGCAAUUACAUUGGUUUUCAGUUCUUGCUGUUGCUGGCGAAAUGUCUCUGAAAUCAGUGAUGUCAAGUGUCUGCUACCACAUUGAGGUCGUAGCUAUGCAUUUUCUUGGAAAGAACCGCUUGUUUUCUGAAGAAGACACAUUCCAACACCACAAUCAUGGUGGGAAAUGGUCGUCGCGCAUCCGUCUCUGACAGACUGGAUGUUUUCUGAUCCAGGAACCAUGAUUGCAUCCGGAAUACUGGAACAGCAUUACAGCAAAGAAAAACCACUUGUGCGUGGUCAUGCCAGAAGAGGGCCGCUGGCACACGAAUGCAAUGAGAACUGAAGACACCGUCUUCUGCAUAUGGGAUCCAAGAAAUACAGGUAGUCACUUGUGUGUGAACAAUUCAGAGAGUGCAAAGGCUGGUCCCAGGUGUGGUUUGUGGAGCCAGGAAAUUCUGGGCGCUGUCGUCCUGCAGAUGCCCAGCACGGGCCAGCACCUGUAUGACAGAGCAUGCCUCAGAGGCACCAGUCAGACUCCUGCUCCGGUAGCAUUUUGUUUCACCUACUUUUUUUUAUGCCUCAAUUCUCCUGUUUGUGUGAUUGUUUCACCUACUUGAUUCUACAACAAUCUGCAACAUGGUAGUGCUAGAAUUUCAUAUGUGCAAUGGGGAAGCUUGCUGCGUUGUGCUGUACAGCGAUGGAAACGCGAGCUGCCUGGCCGGCGGCCGGGUCCUGCGCCCCAGGGCGCUUGCCGGAGGGGCCCUGAGCCUGAGCCUGAUGGGGGCCUAAAGCCUCUUUUAAAGACUCGCACGCUUUUGCAGUUUCCCAGAGCUGAUGGUGCCGAGACCGGCGGCAAGGCCACAUUGCCCACUCGCAGCCUCGCUACAUAUAGAUAUAGGCCGCAUUGCAGUCUCUCCUCGCAGUCUCUUCUCCCUUGCCUUCCCGUCUCUCCUGUUGGGGCGAGCCUCCUCUCCUCUUGUUGGCCAUGGGAGCGUGCGCGACGAAGCCGGGUGACCUCAAGGUCAAGGGCGAGGCGCCGCUGGUGGCGGAGGACGCCGCGGCGGCACCGGUGGCGAGCGAGGAGAAGGCGAAGGCCGACGGGGUCGUCCCGGCGGCCGCCGAGGCCGACCCGGCUGACGCCAGCCGCCGGAGGUCCCUCAGCGACCUGCUCAAACAGGAUGCAGAGACUAUUGAUAGAGAGGCGGCAGAGAAGGUCGUGACUGCGGAGCCAGCAACAGGUGCUGUCGGCGACGCCGGGGCAACGAUGGGUGAUGGAGAGGCUGAUAAAGAGGCAGCAGAGGAGGUAGCGGCUGUGGAGCCAGCAACAGGUGCUGCCGGCGACGCCGGGGCAACGAUGGGUGAUGGAGAGGCUGAUAAAGAGGCAGCAGAGGAGGUAGCGGCUGUGGAGCCAGCAACAGGUGCUGCCGGCGACGCCGGAGCAACGAUGCGUGAUGGAGAGGCUGAUCAAGAGGCAGCAGAGAAGGCCGUGGCUGUGGAGCCAGCAACAGGUGCUGCCGGCGACGCCGGAGCAACGAUGGGUGAUGGAGAGGCUGAUCAAGAGGCAGCAGAGAAGGUCGUGGCCAUGGAGCCAGCAACAGGUGCCCCCGGCGACGCCGGAGCAGCAACGAUGGGAGCACAAGCACCAGUCCAGGCCUCAGCCGCAACCGAGCAGGACGGCGAGCUGAAGGACGAUCCUCAUGGCAACGUGCAGGCGGUGGUGGAAGAAGAGAAGCGUGUCGAUCCUGACUCGGUCCAAGUUGUUGUUCCUGCUGCCGCUGCUGCUGCUGCCGCCCCAAGUGCCGAGGAAGGCAAGGUUGCUGAUGAUGCCUCUGCCUGAAAACAAGGACAUUGUCUUGCGAUUCUUUCUUUCUUUUUUUUUAUUGGUGAGGUACAAUUUAAUGGCGUGGUGAGAUUGAUAGCUUGUGCUGGCAAGCUGAUCUGGAGUGCUGGGACUUGGGAGGGCAGUUGUUGUGGACCAGGUUGUGCAUCGCUGGAUUAUGUUACUGUUUACACAGAUUUUUCUAGGAGUAUCAAGCUGUCCUUACUAUAAAUGAUUCAAACAACUUGCAUUUGCAA